GAAGCAAAUAAGAAGAGCGUAGAAAAACAACAAAGACGGAUAAAAACAACGGUGAAAAUCGAAUUUCUAUCUCAAGCGACUCACAGUGUUUACUCUUUGUUAAUUUAUUGCGUUUUAAAUUGCGAAAAAGAGUAAAGAAAACAAACAAAAAUUUAAAUCAAUACGAAUCAAACGCGAAAGAGCAGUGAAAGUGAGUGUGGAACAAGAAAUUUUUCGCAUUGAAAAAAAAAAAACAGCUGUAACAGAUUUCUAAAAUGGCAGCAUAUCAAAUGAAUUUCAACCAGGAUUUUACCUCACUUUCUGUGCUGAGCAGCGCGGGACUGCGUCUGUAUUCGAUUGCCGGCCAGGACAAGGUUGAGGAGAUCUUCGCCAAGGACAAUACAGAGCAAAUACGCAUUGUGGAGCGGCUCUUCAACAGUUCGCUGGUGGUGCUGGUCACCUCACAGAAGCCCAACUGCCUGAAGAUGCUGCACUUUAAGAAGAAACAGGACAUCUGCAAUUGCUUCUAUCCCUCGGAGAUAUUGUGCGUGCGCAUGAAUCGGCAACGUUUGAUUGUCUGCCUGGCGGAGAGCAUACACAUACAUGACAUACGCGACAUGAAGAUCCUGCAUUCCAUUGAGAAUAUCGCACCCAAUGAGCUGGGUCUCUGUGCGCUCUCACUGAACUCCCACCUGGCGUUCCCGAUCUGCCAGGCCAGCGGCGAGCUGCGCAUCUUCAAUGCCAAUAAGCUGCGCACUGGCAUGACGAUCAAGGCCCAUGACACGCCCCUCUCAGCGCUCACGUUCUCGCCCAGCGGCGCACUGCUGGCCACCGCCUCGGAGCGCGGCACUGUGAUACGCGUCUUCUGCGUGAAGAACGGCCAGCGGGUGCAGGAGUUCAGGCGCGGCGUGAAGCGCUGCGUGAGGAUCGCCUCGCUGGUCUUUGCGGCGGCCGGCGAUUAUCUGUGCGCCUCGUCCAACACGGAGACGGUGCAUGUCUUCAAGAUCGACAGCCGGGCUGUGGAAGUAGCGGAGCUGAAAGCAAUAGCUGAAGUUGCCGCCAAAUCAGAUAGCAAUGCCAAAGAGCAAGCAACAGCCACGACGACGACCAAGACGAGUUCCUCUUCUGCAGCGCCAGCAGCGAGCACUGCCGGCAGCACUACUGAGGAGGCAGCAGAAGCAACGCCUGGCGGCAGCACAGCGGCCAGCUGGGGCGGCAUGUUCACCAAGGCGAUGUCCUCGCUGCUGCUGCCCUCCCAGGUCAGCGAUGUGCUGGCCCAGGAUCGCGCCUUCGCCACCGUGGUGUUGCCCCAGCCCGGCCUUAGGAACAUUUGCGCCCUGACCCGCGUACAGAAGGAGCUGCGCCUCCUGAUCGCCUGCGAGGAUGGAUUCCUCUACAUGCACGACUUCAAUGCGGAGCGCGGAGGCGUCUGCAAGCUGCUGGCCGUGCACGACUUAAGGGGCGCUCUCGAGGAUGUCAUCGAGCUGCAGCUGAGCGAGAGCGUGCUGAAGGCCCAAACCCCCAAGGCGCUCCCACAGCAAUCCCUGACCAUGCUCAAGAGCUGUGCGGCCAGCGUGCUGAUCGAGAAUCCAGAUCCCGUGGCGGACAACAGCUAUGCGGGCAUACUGCGCGGCGAGCAGGCGGAUGCCAUGUCAGGUGAGUGGCGAUUUGAU